AUGGCCGGAUAUUGUUACUUUGGCAGUCGGAUGUUGUCACUCGCUUCCCACCAUACUGGUUUAAUUUAGGCACGCCUCUGUCAAAAUAGCAGCAUGGCGUUAAGGAACUUAAAAAGUGCCACGUUGGCUUUUGCAAUACGCUGCCAAAAUGUUUUAACUAACCGUUUCAGAGCUGGAUAUUUGGAUGUUAUUGUUGCCACGGUAACGCGCCAUUGACCGGAUAUGGUCGCUUGUUUCCCACCCGGACUUGGUGGAGUGUGACGCACGCCAGUAGCAACAUGGCGUCGGGGCUUAUCCUCAAAAGUGGUGCGGUGACGCUGGGAAUGCGCUGCCAACGUUUGAGUUGGAAUGUGACCGUCACGCAGGUCCGAGGGGUGAAGCGAUGGAUGAGAGCCUACACGCACCUGAUGGCACUGAAGCUCAAGAUUGAAGGUCCUUCACCGCCCCAACCAAGAUCUCAAAAGCCUAAUUGGGAUUAUCAUGCGGAGGUCCAGGCUUUCAGCACGCGCCUACUUGAGAACUUUUCCCUGGAGCUGCUGAAAACGGCUUUUGUUAAUCCCUGUUACCUGCAGGGGGAACAGAACAGGCGACAGGAGCUGGGCAUGGACUCUGCGGUCGCUGCUCUUGCUCUGAAAGAUAACCUGGAAUUGAGCGCCCAGGGAGAAACCUUCACCAAAGACUUCCUGACGGAUUGGUGCAGGGCCAGCUUCCCCGAGCUGCCGACGGAAGGGGUGGAGAGUAUCGUGGGGCACCUCUCGAGCCUGGACAUUGUCAGCGAAGUAGCCCGAAAUGUCGGCAUUGAAGAUCUAACCCUGAGUUUAGAAUUCCCUGUCCCGGAUGAGGUGCUUCGUUCUACGUUCAUGGCAGUGAUUGGAGCGCUACAUGGAAGUGCUGGAGCCGAGCGCACUGGAUAUUUCCUCAGGGACUUCCUGGUCUCCCAGCUGAUAGGAAAAGACCUGUUCGAUAUGUGGACUGUAAUUAAUCCCAUGGGACUUUUGGUAGAGGAACUGAAUAAAAGGAACAUUCCUCUUCCAGAGCCCCGCCUCAUUAGGUCUGCUGGGUCCAGCACCGUCCUGCCGCUGUAUUUUGUUGGUCUGUACAGCGAUAAGAAGCUCCUGGCUCAGGGUCCAGGCGAGACACUGGCUGCGGCAGAGGAGGAGGCAGCCUGCGUGGCCCUGCGGAAACUCUACGGCUACACUGAGAACCGCAGACCCUUUGACUUCACCGCAAAACCGCAGCAUGAGCAGCCUUUACUUCAGUCGGUCAGCAGCAGUUAAUAAAACCUCAACAAAAACUGUCUUCCAUUAUCAAUAUUGGCCAAAUAAUUUGUCUUAUUUGGACCAUAGUCAUUGCCUUGUGGGCUUUAAAAUGUCACUAUAUACCCUGAACAAGUUGUACGUUUAAUAUAAAUUUUGGGAAAAUAUUUAAACUUAAAAAAAAUCUCCUGAUUUUUGUAUUGAAUAUCCAGUGUACAUAAUAUAAAUUGGAAUUGCAAUGGUAGUCGUGAUGCAAUUGUGUUCACUUGGAAUAAAGUAUGUGUCAUCUACUUCGU